UCAAUGAUGCCCUAAAUAUUUUAUAUAUAUUAGGAGGGAAUAGGAGGACGGAGAGAGGAGAAGGCAAGGAGCUAGUGGAGAGGAGAUUGAGAGAGAGAGAGAGAAUCUAUCUGGUUGCAUAUAAGUCAAGGACGACGAGCCGACUGGCCGGCCUUGAUGAGGAGACAAAACAAGAAGUCGGAUUGAUCGUCGGCAAUGUCUAAAUAUUACUUUUUAUAUUUAUAUAUGAUUAAUAAUAAUAAUAUAUUUUCAAAUGCCUGCCAGAUCAAGGAAACCUUAUAAAAUCCGCCCAAAACCUCUUUACCUAAAGCAAUUAGCUGAUUGAUUAAUUCAGCCAUACUCUUGAUCUUGUUCCCACCACCGUACAGGCCUCUCUCCCUGUCUCGUCUUCCUCUCCCUGCGGCCGCUCUCUCUCUAAAUAUAUCUCUAUAUUGAUCAAUUGAUGAUUACUAGCUAGCUGGCGUCUGGUUUUUAAGAUUAAUAGGUUCAGAAUCGGAGAGAAAGUGUUCUGAUCGAUCGAUAUAUUAUGUGCAUGCAUGUGUAGUUACCUACACACUACUCAAUAUUAAUAAUUAGUACUUACAUAUGGGGGACGGCGACCGGGAAAGAGCUACCCUGGCCAAGGCGAGGAUGGAACUGGAAGAGCUUUAUCUUGGCAUCCCUGACGACUCCGUCAACCUCACCUUCCAAGACCUCGCCGACGUCCAGCUUCACCAUCGUUCAGAUGCCAACUCUAGUUCCGACAACAAGGAGAUCAACAUGAUGAUGACGAUGAAGAAGAAGAACAAGAGUAAGAAUAAGAACAUACCACUCUCCGCCACCCCCUUACUCAAUCCCAUUUGUGAAGGCGCCAAUACUACCUCAUCUACUAGUGUCGAUGUCGUUGAGGAGAGAUCAUCAUUGCCGGCUUCUCCUUGUAUAAUUAAUACUUCUCCUAAAUCUUAUGACGUUUCCCCCCACCAUGAUGGCCCUGCCCAGAUGAACAAGGUUCCCAGCCUCGAUUUCAGUCGUGCUCUCCGUGCAUCUAACCAUCGUCAUCACCGCCGACAGCACGACCAUCAUCAGAGCGCAAACACAAUUGGUGGUGGUGGUGGUGAUGAUCAUUAUAUGAUUGAUGACGAUUCUUAUCACGCUACCAGCAGGGAACAUCAUCAGACGACCCAGCUCCCUGCUCAUCCUCAGCAGCAUCGCUUUGCUCAUUAUGGUGAUCAUGAUGAUAAUGGCAUGAUCAUGUCGAGUAGUCAUCAUCAUCACGGCCAUGAUCACGGCGGUCACGGUCAGGGCCAUUCAAACAUGAGCAUGGUGGCAAGCAGCAUGGCGGCCUAUGAGGACGCAAGCAUUUACAGCAAUUACGGCCCCCAGACAGAAAGAUCUGCUGCAGCUGCAGGAGUAGUAAGACGGCGUCGCCCUGGGAUUCCUCACUCCAACAUUUGUACUGUCUGCACCACCUACAUCUACUUCUUCCGCCAUCGAUGCCUCGUGUGCGGAAGGGUGUACUGCAGGCAGUGUGUGAGCGCAGGAAUGGGUGAGAUGACUGAAGGGCGCAAGUGUAUCGAGUGUCUCGGCAAGCGUUUCAGCCUCAAGUACAUGCGCAGAGCUGGGAAGGUGGGAUGCUUCUGCUUUGGGUAUGGAAGCGAAGUGAAGCAAGCGGAGCUGAAAUGGGCCGAUAAAGGGCCCAGAAGGAGCAGAGAGAGCGUUGGUUACGGUCGAAGCAGCGCAAUGAUGUCAAGAUCAAGAAGCCCGAUGGGCCCAAGAGGCCCACUCCAUGAGGCCCACUCGCACGCCUCUAUCAGCAACAGCAACCCGCCUUCAUUCGUUACGGGCUCACCUUACUCUCCAGCGGCCCACCGCCACUACCUUCCGUUUUGAAGUUUUAUUUGAUGGGCAGGCCGGAGCCGGAGCCGGAGCCGGAGCCGGAGCCGGAACCGGAACCAUACGAAACAUAAGAACAUAC